AUGACGUCAUAACCUUCAUGUAAACUUAGCACGCUAGGGCAAAACCGAAGAUUUGAUCGAGUUAUGGGUAAAUUACGCAGCGAAAAUUCGAAACUAACACUAAUAGAAGACUUCAUAGAAAGGUUUAGAGACUAGUGAUGCACUGAGCCUCGCGAUUUGGUAUUGUUUCGGUGUUAGAAGCGGGGCAAGAGGUGUUUAUAGUUGGUCUUAUAUCAUGAAGAACAAGGGCAUUUUAAUUGGAGUGAUUUGGCUGUUAAAAUGCUGUCUUUCACGGCCGCAAGACCACGGAUACGAGCUAUGUAAACCAAAUCUGACACCGCCAUUUGGGAGAGUAAAAGUACACGUCCUCAAAUCCAAAGGACCUGGGAAUUCGUGCCAAGGAUGUGCGGAGCUAAAGAACUGCACAACAUUUGACGGAGCUAUUCAAAUACAGGGAUAUCGUGUGAGCGAUGCCAAUUCUGCAAAAGAGCUAUAUUUUCCUAAGCUAACAGAAAUCACGGGCCAUCUCCUUGUGUCUUUAUUGUUCAAUAUCAAAGACCUAAAGGGAAUAUUCCCGAAUCUGGCCGUAAUUCGAGGGAGAUAUCUAUUUCUUGAUUAUGCUUUAGUCAUUUAUCAAAAUAAUGGCUUGGAGCAAAUCAACUUGCCCUCUCUUACGACAAUUUCAAGUGGAGGUAUCCGCAUCGAAAAAAAUAUUAAUUUGUGUUAUGUGAAGACAAUAAGGUGGAAAUCAAUCAUGAAAAUGAAUUCUGAUGAUCCCUAUUCCUUGGUGACGAGCUCGAAUAACAACGACUGCUAUGACUUGUGUUAUAAAGGGGAAUGCACAGUUCCGGCUGGUCAUGGAGCUUCCGGUAAACAAUAUUGUUGGAGUUCCGGAGAUCCUUCGGACUUCUCAUGCCUAAAACUUUGCGACACCAAGUGUGGGGAUGCAGGCUGUGUCCGGGGUACUGAUUACCAGUGCUGUCACCCAGGGUGUUUGGGUGGGUGUUUUCAGCCGAAUUCCCCCUUGGAGUGCUAUGCGUGUAAAAAUCUGCGGUUACCAAGUGGUCAAUGUGUGGAGAAAUGCCCAGUUGGAUUAUUAAUGAUCAACAAUCUAGAAUGCAUACAAUCCUCCAAAUGUCCACCAGAUUAUUACAAGCUAGAAUCGACGUGUGUGCUAGAGUGCCCAGCCGGAUACCAAGCCAAAGAAAAGAUUGAUUUCAUUCGCUGGGAAAAAACAAAGACAUGCGAAGCUUGUCUAACAGAAAGAUGUCCCAGAGUCUGCAAAGUAUCGUCGAACCAAGGCAAUGGUGGUAUUAUCGACUCUAUCAGCUCUCUCAGGCAUUACAAAGGUUGUACGGACAUCAAAGGCAAUCUGGAGAUUAAACUGCGAGGCGGUGGCCAGACUAUCGCUAAAGAACUUGAAGACAACCUCGGAAUGAUCGAGAGGGUCACAGGUUACAUAGUGAUCAGGGAAUCCGUCGCAAUCGUCACGCUCAAGUUCCUCAAGAAUCUGCGGCUUAUUGAGCCGGAGAAGACGAUUGACGUCCAGAAGAGACGUCUUGUCGACGUGCUUUAUAACGACAGAUAUGCCCUUACCAUUAUGGACAACCCGAAGCUCGAGGCAUUAUGGGAUUUCCGGUCAGACCUUCAGAUCACUGCUGGGGGCAUCCUUGUCCGCAUGAAUCCGAGGCUCUGCCCAGGCAGGAUCGACCCUCUGGUCAAUGACGUAUUGCAAUGGACUAAUGCCAGUCUUGGGCGCCCUGUGGAUGUUUCCCAGACUUCCAAUGGAAAUGCUGUGGCAUGUCAAGUAAAAGCCAUCAACAUGACUGUGCGUGAGUUGGUCAAGCCUAUGUUCAGCGCAUGCGCAGACGUGUGCGUUGAAGUGAGCUGGGAAGAGGUCCGUAUCAAGGAAGAUUACAGGAAUGUGCUCUUCUACUCUAUCUCCUACCGAGUCGCUCCAGACAGAGAUAUUACCGAAUUUGAUGGAGUCGACGCCUGUAGUGCAACUCAAGUGUGGACUCGUAUUGAUGUGCCCGCGGGGGAUCCUGGGACAGUGAACACCAGUGUCUCGUCACCGGGCUUCCGCCCUGUUAACCGGUUAAGCAGGUUUAUUGGGAAGUUGACGCCCCACACUCUUUAUGCGUUCUACGUAGAAGCGGCUACCCUUAAUAACACAGGCGCGCGCAGCGCCUUGAUGUUUCUACAGACCCGAGAGAUGAUACCUUCUGCCGUGGUCGGACUGGAGGCAAGUUACCUCGACCCAUUUACGCUUCUUGUCAAGUGGCAACCACCGCUGUACCCUAAUGGUAACAUCACAAAGUACCUAGUCCAGUACCAGCAGAGCGAGUAUUCCGUCUGGAGGCAGCCUGGAAUCGAUUGGUGCAUUAGGCAGGUGUUAAGGGACGGAGACAGCAAAGAUGGUGACGACGGAAAAGAUGCCGACAAAAAUGGCGAGUGUAAAGUAAACAUCACGUGUAAUUGUGACGAGGAAAAAGAGGUGGACAAACCGGAGAAACGCGCGGCUCUUUUCGCCAAGGAAUUCCAAGACGUCUUGUUCAAGGCAAUAUUCACGAAGACCAAGGACGAUAACCCCUCCCCCACUAACCAGACAACCACCCCACCCACCAGCAUGACAUUCCUGGUCAACGGGACCAACUGCACCGCCGAAGACCAGGCUAACGGUCUGUGUGAGCAAAUAUCCACCACAGCUUCCCCAACAAGCACGGCAAGUGACGUCACGACGGAGUCAACUUACACGACCCCUGUCAGUAACGACUCUAGCACCACAGUGAAUACCACAAUGAUCCCGACUACAAGUAUUCCGGUCCUGGAGGCUAAUGGCACAGAGGGGAGCAUACGGAUCUCGGGGCUGAAGCACUUCACUGAUUACACCAUACAAGUUUGUGCUUGUACAAGUGCUGGAUGUGCUACCAAUACACGUUGUUCCAACACACGGGGGCGAACACACCGGAAAGAAAAAGCGGAUGACCUAACAGGAGUCGUGAAAGUCCAUGUUAACAACGCAACAAGAUCGUUCAACAUCUCUUGGGGACAACCUGUUGAUCCGAAUGGUGUAGUACUAAAAUACGAUGUGGAAGUCAGUUAUGCAUCCCGGUCCAGCCCCGAGAUUGUGUGUUGGCAGGGCCAUAAGCCAUCAUGGUUAGUACGAGAAGGCAUGUAUGGCAACUACUCAGUGCGCGUGCGCGCCAUAACACCCGCUGGCAACGGUUCGUGGACGAGCCCCGUUCUGUUCACCAUACACGAGGAAAAAGAUCCUGGAGGGAGUGGCAAGUUGGUACAGAGCUCUCGUGUUGGGGUGAUCGUUGGUUCAAGUCUUGCGGCGUGUAGCGUGUUCAUUCUGACUUGUGGCAUCGUCAUUUGGUUUGUGGUCAGGAAAAGGUAUCAGGAGAAGCAGGUCCCGACUGUACUGUACGCGUCCGUCAACCCCGAGUACAUGAACUCUACUGACGUGUACAUCGCGGAUGAGUGGGAGGUGCCACGUGAGAAGAUCAAGCUGAUCCGUGAACUCGGCAACGGCUCGUUUGGUAUGGUGUACGAGGGAGAAGCUACGGACAUCGUACCGAACAAACCCAAGUGUAAAGUGGCUGUCAAGACGGUCAGUGAGAACGCAUCUAUCCGAGACCGAAUAGAAUUCCUACAAGAAGCGUCUAUUAUGAAGGCGUUUCAGUGUAACCACGUGGUACGGUUGCUGGGUGUGGUCUCUGAUGGACAGCCCACGCUCGUCGUCAUGGAGCUAAUGGAUAAUGGAGACCUGAAAAACUUCCUGCGCUCCCAUAGACCCGAGGAGUCAGAUGAGCCUCCUCCCACUCUGCAACAGAUGCUUCAGAUGGCGGGCGAGAUCGCAGAUGGCAUGGCAUACCUGGCUGCCAGGAAAUUUGUACACAGGGAUCUCGCAGCCCGUAAUUGCAUGGUGAACGCAAAUUUGACUGUCAAGAUUGGAGAUUUUGGUAUGACUCGAGACAUCUACGAGACGGAUUACUACAGAAAAGGCGGAAAAGGUCUCCUCCCCGUUCGAUGGAUGGCACCUGAGUCGCUCAAGGACGGAGUGUUCACUUCACCUUCUGACGUUUGGUCGUUCGGGGUCGUUAUGUGGGAGAUGGCGACUCUUGCGUCUCAGCCAUACCCUGGCAAGUCUAACGAGGAAGUCCUCAAGUACGUCGUGGACGGUGGCGUUAUGCCCAAGCCAGACGACUGUCCGGACAGAUUGUUUGACCUCAUGACGUUGUGCUGGCAGUUUAGUCCCAAAGCGAGGCCGACUUUCCUGUCAAUCAUCUCACUCAUAGAGGAAGACUUAUCUCAAGAAUUCCGAGAAAACUCAUUCUACCACAGCCUACCCGCAGAGCAACUCAACCAAAUGCUACGAUCGAAGAGUCAUCACAUUCCUAGACAGCGAGCAGAGACUGUCCAAUCAGAGCUCGAAUCUAGCACAAGUGUGUAGGACUGGCCAAUUAUGGAACGAGAAAUAUAGGGAGCAAAAGAUCGACCAAUCAAAAGUCCUUCUGGUGAUCGACCAAGUAGAAGACAUUGUUGUGGAGUGCUCAAUGUGCGUGACCAAUCGAAGCGCAUCACGCAUGCGUACUAUUCAGUCAUAAAGCGAAUUACACAGACAUGUAAAAAUUGACAAAUCACAGACGUUGUUAGAUUAUUCGAUCUGUUGAAGCUAUGUGGAACAGCGGGAAUGACAAUUAAAAUUCAUCGUCAAGCGUACUACCCAAUCAGGAAUCUGACAGAUAAAAUAGAAUGUUUGAGUGACCAAUCAGAACCUCCUUCACCCAGAGGACACUUCGCGCUCUUCCAACAGUGUACGAGCCCGAAACACUGACCAAUCACAGCAACGAUACCCAUUAAGAAAUCUUCCGUGAAUCACGCCACUCCCUACUCAUUGUAAACAAAAUUUUGGGGUAACUUGAAUUCGCAAAAAGAAACCGAUCAGUAUAUUUCAUGGCGGGUCUUUCGCGAUAAGUUCAGACUUUUCGGAGGCUAAUUUCAAACGUAUUAUCCAUGAGCUGUAUUCAAUGCAAAUGCAUGCAAAUAAAUCGAGUCGAUCGUUUCAUCUUCAUUUGCAUGGAUUUGCAUUGAAUACGGCUCAUGGAUAGAGUAAGUACGCAGCUGCUUUGUCUCCUAUUAUCUUUGUUCUACAAAGGAGUUCUUUUGUCUCUAUUCUUCUUGUUCUUUGUUUCGAGGUGCGGAUAUUGUUCAUUUGCCCAAUCAAAUUGCAGCUUGUAAGAGCUGCGUACUGACCCCAUGGAUAAUACGUUUGAACUUAGUCUUAGAGAGUCUCCUUUCAAUCCUAUGUUGUUACACUUCCAAAUAAUGUAAAUGGAUUUUUGGUAACGCGUGUCAAGUAGUCACCAACAUCAUACCAUGCUUUCAUUAUAUUAAAUUUCUAUUAAAUUAUAUAUAUAUAUAUAUAAAUUUAUAUUAAAUUUAUUAAAUUAUAUAUAAUUUAAUAUUAAAUUUAUAUAUAUAAAUUAUAUUAAAUUUCUCGAUAUAAACGUUCAAGCAUGCGCUUAAGGUAACGAAUAAUAUCGUUGUUUCAUUCUGAUUGCAUUUUACGUAGAAUUUCGUUAAGCAUUGGAAUUGAUUAUGACAGCAAAAGACGGCUUGACAAAACAGUAAUCGAAAUUUUUUUACGAAAUGAAAUGAAAUAAAACUCAUAAAUAUAUUUUUUGAACAUAUUUUAUUCAAUAUUCAUAUAUAAUACAUACCUUUAGAAAUUUAGAAAUAUUGAUUUUUGGCCAAAAUGAUUUGUAUAUACUGCAUGACUCACUCUGUGAUAUCCAUAAUUUAUUGAUAAUUUAUUAGUAAUCCUUGAGGGUUACGUUAUGUCUCAUGUCGUCUGUGUUUAGUUCCCAAUUCCUGAUGUCAGAUGUAUGCAUAUGUGUUAUUCAUUAUGUGACAAAUGAGUAAUAAUAAAAAUCGUCAUUGAGA